AUGUACAGUCUCGCGUUGUUGAUGAGUACGCUUCUAGCACUCGCCGGUGCGCGUAUUUACGAGCGAUGCGAACUUGCGCGCGACUUAAUUAAGCUUGGAAUCCGCGGAGAGCACAUCGCCACCUGGGUCUGCAUUGCCUACCACGAGUCCCGGUUUGACACCGCCGCUCGCAAUGGGUACAGUGGAGACCAUGGACUCCUACAAAUUAGCGAAAUAUAUUGGUGCGGUCCCGGCAAAGCGUGUGGACUACCUUGUUCAGCUUUACGCGAUGAUGAUAUUUCAAACGACGUGGAAUGCGCACUAACAAUUUACGAAGAACAUACACGUCUUCAAGGAGACGGGUUCCUCGCUUGGGUAGUAUACCCACAACAUUGCAGGCAUAAUGCAAAAAAAUAUCUUGCCGAUUGUGACAUUUCUGUGAAAGAUUUAAAUUAUAAUGUGGAAGGCAGAUCACGUUCUUGGCAUAAACACGAUUUUUAUCCCACAGUCAACGUUACUUUAUCAAAUGCAGUGCAAAGUGUAGCAGUUCCUCAAAGUGAAAAAUCAUUUCCAACGUAUCUAUCUAUUAUUUCUAUGUUGCGUCGAAAGUUUGAGCAAGAUUUUGAAGAAGACUAUUAUCACAAGCAGAAUGUGAACUGGUCCCAAUUUAAAAUUGGUAAUGUAGAUAAAUUGAAGCUUCCUAAUUUCAACCUUAAGCCUAAUUAUGAUUUCCUUCAACCAGUCGCCACCCAAAUUACUACAACAUCUACUACAACCAUGCAGCCGGAACCGCAAUAUAAACCAGUCAAGCCAUGGAGAACGAUCGAGACGAAUCAGUUUAGGAGAAGAAUGAUGCCUUUUAAUAAAAAAUCAUCAGAAGAAUAUAUAAAUAGAAAAAACUAUCUAAAUACGUUCCAAAGCACAACACCGCUGCCUUCAACAAUACUUGCAAUUUCAACUACCCAAAAUAGUUCGGUAUACAACCCUCCGAAUGUGAAAAAGACAAUACAAAACACUCAACACAAAAUUAAUAAUAUGAGUUACUUUACUGUUUCUCCAGUGUUAAACCCUUCUUUCCCAAUUCAAGUUUCAUUACCAGUUACGACAUUUUCACCUUUGGUAACAAGGAAGCUGUCAAAUAGUAGUGAUAUGAGCUUGACACAAGAAACACCCAAAAAGAUUCCGUCAAUCAAAGAAACAACAAAAUAUAUAAUGAAAAGUACUUGGGAGACAUACAGUCCAUGGACAACGCCAUUGUCGAUUUCAAAAGAAAUAUCAACGACGCAGAAAUCUGUUCAAAACUGGACUACUAAACGGCUAAAUAUUGAUAAAACCAAAACAACAGUAAAGCAACAGCAACAGUUCAGCACACCUAGCUUUUCAAAGACUUUAACAACUCGACCAUUAGCUACGGCAAAAGGAUAUAGUAAAGAAAAUAAAGAAUCAAGCAAAAUCACUGCGUUAUCUAUACAGGAGAUGAGCACCACAGUGAAGCCAAAAGCGUUGUCAGUUAAUGGUGCAUUAAAUAAUAAAAAUAGUAGCCAAAGUAAAUCUGCGAAUGACGAACAUAGCACACGAAGGUCACAGGUAUCGGCCUGGAGACGCGGCAAAUCCUGGUCAAAUGAUUACGAUAAUGUGACAUACUUCGAUAGAAAUGUUACAUUUAAGCCGGUUUUGACGUCAACAUCGACGAUUUCCCCAUAUCGUAGACCCGGAAAAUAUGAAAAUUCAAGAGACAUAACAUUCCUCACCAAUCAUACGACUAAAAGCGGUAGCGCCCAGUCUCCUUUGAAAUUUACAAAAGCCAAUGAGGGAAAUGAUAAACAAACAGUAAAAGUGACUGGUCUUAUAACACAAGCAACACCAAGAACGACGUUCUCAAUUUUUGAUCUUUAUUUGAACCCCACCCAACGUCCUCAACUGCCAACUUACAAAUUUGCGUUUACUAGUAACAAUGUAAGUGCACCCCUAGUGAUGUCAUAUCCUCAUUUCUUGUUCGCUGAUUCGGUAUAUAGCAGCGGUGUUAUUGGAUUAAAUCCGGAAGUAGAAGAACACAGGGUUUUUCUGGAUCUGGAACCGAACACGGGAACAAUUGUAAGAGGCGCGAAAAGAGCACAGUUCAAUAUCUUCUUACGACCCAUAACGUCCGUGACGGCGACGAACAACCUUAACACAACAUUGACGCCUAUUGUAUGGUUUGAAGAAGGCAUUGAAUUACCAGAAGAAUUGGUGGAUAUGCUGAGAAAUCGAAUGCUAAUGCCACUGAAUUUGGUCAGUAUUCUAUUACCCGUUGUAAUUGCUUUGUGCUGUGUGGUCUUCAUCGUUGGAGUCGUGAUAAUUGUCAAAGUAAAAUUGUGCAACAAGGAUAUAUCAAAAUAA